ACAUGGCUGCCAGCGAAUGUCAGGGAGCGGGGCUGCGUGGGCCGCAGCUGUGUUAGGAGCCCUGGGUCACAAUGAGGAGAUGGACACAGCCUGGAAGGAAGAAGCAGACGCAGAUAAUACAGGAGGGGGGGCAGGUCUCAGCUGUGCGGGGGCUGUAUCACUACUGGGGGCACUUCUAGAAUAGGAUCCAUCUCUGUGUGUGACCUCGGAAAUGGUGACAGAUGUCACAACCAGUUAGGAUCCUUGCGCCGGCUUUCAACGUCCAAUGGCAAAUUCCCAUUAUGCGGGCAUUUAGUGUGUUCUAGACAAACCCCCUCCCUGUCCUGUGUCUUAUUCCUCCUUUCUCUCUCCAUCUGAGAUCGGCUGGACCCAGGGGACCAGGGCUCAUCUCCUCACUGCCUCUCUCUCUCUCCCUCCCCCUCCUCAUUCUCACUGUCACCAGCUUCCUAUCUAGAUGUCAUCGCCCAGCCCAGAACAAGAGGUCAGACUGAGCAUCUGCCCCGGGUACCACCCACCGGGUCACUCUGCCCUGCUCCCAGGUGAGGCGGCUGAGGAAUGACCGUCUCAUCCAACACCUGCCAACUGCCCCACAUCAGAGCCACGCCAGACGGACCUGCCCUGAGAUCGCCAGCUCCUCUCCAGAGCACAGGUGCAGUAGAGCGCAAAGAUGAUGCUGAGUCCAGAACAGGUGGAUUCAGACCAACCGUCGGCCCAGUCCGAGUCUGACUCCGCAGUGAGCGAGACAAAGGGAGGCAGUGUGUCUGAGACCGAGGGAGGAGGCUGUGGGACUCCGUGUCUUCCCCCACAACUGAGCCGUGAGGAGAAGAGGCGGAAAAGACGAGCCACCGCCAAGUAUCGUUCAGCACAUGCUACCAGGGAACGAAUCCGCGUGGAGGCCUUUAACGUGGCCUUUGCCGAGCUACGAGGCCUUCUGCCAACUCUGCCCCCAGACAAAAAGCUCUCAAAGAUUGAGAUCCUGCGCCUGGCGAUCUGCUACAUCUCCUACCUCAACCAUGUGUUGGAUGUCUAGAUGGUGCAUGGACGAUCUGUAGGACAUGGGGCCAUAUGGCAGGCAUUACAUGAUGGACCCUGCUAGUGUGGGAGGGCAGUGCUGUGGUUAGACUGACAGGUGGAAGCAAUGCCAUGGUUAGGUGUGUCCCUCACAGACCCAGUAGUCACUGGUGAGAGCCCAGUGUGACUCAUGGCUUGGUGACCACUGGCUCAGAGACAUUAGCCUCUUCCAGGCUGAGACUGAGCCUCCGGCCAGCACCAGUCAGUAGCUAUAGGCAGCAAGUAAAACAAUGUGCAUUAAUUCAUAGGUUAUUGGACCAAAGGUGACUGUGUGGUGGUUCCGUGUCUUAGAGGUGCCUAUUCUUAAUGUAGCAGUGAAGACACCUUGUGGCAGAUGUGUGUGUUAUCUGUGUAGAUUAACAGUGCCACAUAGUGGCUGCUUUGUAUAUUACAUGAGCACAUACAGUACAUACAUGCGUAUAUACGUGGUUGUGUGUAUAUACACACACAUGUAUACAUUCCUUAUGACCAAGUAACCUCCUCUGGGGCCCCCCUUCCCCUUACUUAUGUGGUAGUUGGAAAUAUAUGUUGUUCCGCCCUCUUACUGUGGUACUGUAACUACAGCGCUCUCUCUGUAUCCUCUGCGUGGGAAUGGGUGCGGUAUACGCUACAUGUGAUGCUGGAUAAUGCUGCAGCCUAACCGCACAAAUAGCCUAACCCUAACCUCCCUAACCUCACCCCCCAUAGCCUAACCCUAACCUCCCUAACCUCACCCCCCCAUAGCCUAACCCUAACCUCCCUAACCUCACCCCCCAUAGCCUAACCCUAACCUCCCUAACCUCACCCCCCCCAUAGCCUAACCCUAACCUCCCUAACCUCACCCCCCAUAGCCUAACCCUAACCUCCCUAACCUCACCCCCCCAUAGCCUAACCCUAACCUCCCUAACCUCACCCCCCAUAGCCUAACCCUAACCUCCCUAACCUCACCCCCCCAUAGCCUAACCCUAACCUCCCUAACCUCACCCCCCAUAGCCUAACCCUAACCUCCCUAACCUCACCCCCCAUAGCCUAACCCUAACCUCCCUAACCUCACCCCCCAUAGCCUAACCCUAACCUCCCUAACCUCACCCCCCCAUAGCCUAACCCUAACCUCCCUAACCUCACCCCCCCAUAGCCUAACCCUAACCUCCCUAACCUCACCCCCCCAUAGCCUAACCCUAACCUCCCUAACCUCACCCCCCCAUAGCCUAACCCUAACCUCCCUAACCUCACCCCCCCAUAGCCUAACCCUAACCUCCCUAACCUCACCCCCCCAUAGCCUAACCCUAACCUCCCUAACCUCACCCCCCCAUAGCCUAACCCUAACCUCCCUAACCUCACCCCCCCAUAGCCUAACCCUAACCUCCCUAACCUCACCCCCCCAUAGCCUAACCCUAACCUCCCUAACCUCACCCCCCAUAGCCUAACCCUAACCUCACCCCCUCCCCCAUAGCCUAACCGUAACCUCACCCUCCCCAUAGCCUAACCCUAACCUUACCCUCCCCAUAGCCUAACCCUAACCUUACCCUCCCCAUAGCCUAACCCUAACCUCCCUAACCUCACCCAUAGCCUAACCGUAACCUCACCCCCCAUAGCCUAACCCUAUCCUCCCCCCUCCCCCAUAGCCUAACCGUAACCUCACCCUCCCCAUAGCCUAACCCUAACCUUACCCUCCCCAUAGCCUAACCCUAACCUUACCCUCCCCAUAGCCUAACCCUAACCUCGCCCUCCCCAUAGCCUAACCCUAACCUUACCCUCCCCAUAGCCUAACCCUAACCUCGCCCUCCCCAUAGCCUAACCCUAACCUUCCUGGCUGGCAGACAUCAACGCGGCUCCUGCUGACAUGUUGAACCAUACUGACAUUCUAGCAUCGACAUUGAGUUGUUGACAUUAGGAAUGCCAUCAUGGUUACUGUGGACCAUCGGUCAGAUGGUCCACAGUAACCAUGAUGGCAUUCCUAAUGUCAUUCUACCCACGCAGAUACAGUGGUCAUU